UGGCCAAUGGGCGGGCGUGUAGGUGCAGGGUGCGGGGCCGCCAUGGCCGCGCUGUUCUGCUGCGGCUUCGUGUUGGUGGCUCGCGCCGCCGCCGCCCCCGAGUUCCAGCCAUCUUUCCUGGUUGCAUCAGGCCCUGAAGUAAAUUUCUUCUUGGUGGGUGUAAACAGUUCUGCUGUUAAACUCGGUGUAGAAACAGUGGCAGCUACUGAUGAUUUAUUGCAGCCCACGUGUGUGAAGACAAAUGGCACUGGUCAAUGGGCAAUGACUAGUUCAGUUGAUGAGCUUGACGUGUCAACUCUGAACCUGCAGCUGACCCUGGACAGACCUCUGGUACUUUGUGAAAAAGUAUUGAAUGAAACUAACUGUUGCUGGGAACCGCUGUGUGUUCUUGAAACACUCCGUGUGACUGCUUGUCUAAAAGGCAAUGUUUUGGCGACACUACUUGUCCAAGUUAUAAUAUAUGUAAACUCCACAUUCCAAGGGAUUAUAAAUGAAAACAAUAUGCCCAUUCCAAAACAAAAAUACCACCCGCUUGGCCCCUGUCCAUGCAACCUAACAGCAAGAGCUUGUGAUGUGGGAUGCUGCUGUGAUAAGGAAUGCACGGCUGACAUGAUCCAGCUGUUUCAUUCCCACUGCUUUACAGGAGUAUUUGGAGGACAGGUGUCCCCACCCUACGACCAUCUCUGCUCCAUGCAGAAUCUGCACACAGCUCCCGAAUGGUUCCCCUUCCUUUGUGUGCAGUCUUCUCUUAAUAACUCGCCAUAUUUGGGGCUGUUCUUUGAAGGCGAUACUGUUGAUGUUUCGCAAGACCUUUCCUUUGGGGUGGCCAAAUCUGCAGCAGUAAACCUUCCUGUUGGCUACCACCAGGGAGAUCCCAUCGUGAGAGGUGACGAUGAGCUUUUUAUUAUUCCACAGACAUCUUUGAAUGGGCAGUGCUUGACGAAUGCACCUGUGGAUUACCUACAAGAUUUUGAUGCACGUUGUGUAAUUCCACUCACAGCUGAAGCUUGUGCCAACACCAUCGGAGUUGGUGAACAGAUCCAAAAUGGCCUGGGAACUUUGAUACAGCCAGUUGUAACCUACCAGACGGCAGCAGAUCUUGGUGAUUUCAUUCCAAUAACUGCUUCAACUUCUGGCUCCCUGUUUCCCAAACAGCAGAAUGCCAUGGUGUCUUUGGAAUUGGUUGAUAAAUCGGAGCCCAAACUUCUGAAGGGAAUGUGUAGAAAUAUGAUUUUGCAGGCUGAUUAUGUUUUCUACUGGAACGGAACCACAAUAUCUAAUAUCAAUUUGCUUGUCACAGUGGGAAAUAUCUCCUUGCACUCAUCAGCUACUUUGACUCAAAGGUUCAGCGUUACUUUCAUGAACCCGGUCAAGGAACAUCCUUCCUCGGUAACUUUGUCUGGCAAUCCAGGUUAUCUCACUGGCAAACCAGUUUUGGCUGCUCUUGCAAGCGACAAGACCUUGAUAAGAGUUCCCUUAAAAAUAUGGCGACCAGUUGGAAAUGGGUUAUGCUCAUCAGCUCAAACAACAGCAUUGUUGUUUGGAGAAGACUCGACCUCUGGUUGCCUGCUGCACCUCAGCAUUAAUGAUUUUAACAACUGUGCUCUUCUUGGGCAUACUGUUUAUGAAAACCUCCUGAAACUUGUACCAGCAGAUUACAUAGCAAGGAGAGGAAACUCAAACCUUACAGACCUGUCGGAAUGGGUGCCAUUAUUUAAAGCUUUAUUAAACGAUGAGCAUGAAUUUAGCCAAAUUGAAGAUGAAUUUUAUGGAUUCUGCGCUGCGAUUCCAGCUGCCAUGAAUAUUCGUUUCUUCACAGCAGUUAUAGGUGCAGUUGAAGCAGUCCCACAACGAGUGAUACUUGGAGCUGAGGUCAAUUUUUCUACAGUGCACUGGAAGAUGUCCUGUGGAGGUGGAAGUACAGCCGCAUGUAUGAACAGAUCAGUCCUUCAGCCAUUCUCCAUCAGUGCCGCUGUGCAGUUUAUCCAGAUACCAGCACAGCCAGAGCCAGUGCAGUCCAGAUUCCAGAUAAACCACAGGGAAUAUGAGUGUUCUGGAAAUGAUGUUUGCUGGUCUGAGCUUUGCUACCCGCUGACAAGGUAUUAUACAGGUGAACCAUACCCUGAAUCGAUCGCGCAGGGACUGUUGCUGGUCUUCAUCGCUUUGAUGAUUGCCGUGUUGGGGAGUCCCUGGAGCUCGAUUCGGAAGGCUUGGAAUGACACCACCUUUUAGCCUGUGGUAACUGUGAUCCAGUCAGGUUGCAUUCCUUCCUUUAUGCCCAAUUACAUGAAUGCAAGAUGAGCAAUUUGGCACCGGAUCAGAAUCUAUCUCCUCACUUAAUUGUGGCCUCCUGUGUCUUCAGCGGCCCACAAGGCUUUAUUUCUGUUUAAAGUAAUCAUUCCUUUGUGAAAAAUUAUGAUGAAGUUGUAAAGAUGCAGGCAUUGUUGCUGCAACAGAGGAUGCACUUCACCAGAUCUGGGCAUUGGGGAUGCUGCAAGCUGCAAGCUGCAAACCCCUCUCUUGCAUUGUUCUGAAUAGUAGAGACAUUGCAGUGACUUCAAUACAUCACAGACUUUGAAAAUAAUUGUCUAUUUUUAUAUUGGGCGAUGUUAAACAUAGAUAUGUAAACUUACAUUCUUGUAUAAAUGUUAAUGAUUUGUUACAUUGUGGCAGUGCAUGGCCACUUUAACUUCCAAACAGAAUUUCUUUGUUUCUCCAACACA